UUGUGGCUUCUUGUUGGAGCCCAGCCGAAAACCGGGCGAUACGACGUUCUUUCUAUUCGGUAGUGGACAGGUGCACGGUUAUCGAUACAUAAGGGCACGCGUGAUCGAGUGUUAUCCUGCAGUGAGAUUGAUCAAAUCAACGAUCAAAAAGAGGUAGAUUGAGGUUUUUCUGAAGCGCUAUCCUCCUACGGACAGAACUCGUUCGAGAUCUUGAUCAUCGAUUCGACCGGGUGUUGUUUGCGAAGAUCAUUUGAAGCUUACAGUUUAAGUACGGAACGAAGAAAGGUUAAAGAUGGAUGCCUUUAAAUUUCAUCAAGUAGAUAAGCUACUCCUAUUGCAGGGUUUGAAGAUAGCAACGUGAUCUCUUUCUCUCGCUCUCCAGAGAUCCAUAGUCAAUCAUAGCCCUGACUUCCUUAAAAGUGUGCCAUUCAAGAGAAGUCAACUAAUAUAUCAUCUGUGUUGUGUGUGAAUAUUACCGAGUGCACUUAUGAAACACUAUCGACAGCGUAGGACAUAUCCGAAAGCAGACGCGUCAACAUCAAUCAAUCAGUCUAGUAGCGAUUGAUUCCCUAGACGAUCUUUCACUACAAAACAUGCAUUUACGCGCGACAAGGGACUUCUGCUUCGGAAGCACCUGUCCGCAGGCUGAAACAGUGUGAGGUUCUGCCCGGGCAGAUUGCAACACCGCGUGGGCGCCGAUCAAUCAAAUCUACCAACAACGAUCAACACCACCAGCCGCCUUGUAACACGAUCGACCCGUUCGUACACUGUCGCUUGGCGACCGAUCGAAAAACGAAAAUUCAACGCUACAGAGCACUCACGCUUGUGUCUGGCGACGGUUUUUGGUGCAGUUGCAUGUACUCGUAUGCCACUCGGACGCACGGUGUGUGCCAGUGUGUGUUUGUGUGUCUGUAUGCGGUGCUGUGUGUAGUGGGCCAUUCGCUUUGCCUCACCCGAGCGAAACGGGCAACACCGGGAACAUUCAGACGUGGUCGUGGUCACACGCAGCUCGUCACCGCAGCUUCAAGCAAAGCAUCCGCAACAAGCGCCGCCACUGUUGAAGCCGGUGAAAUUAUGGGACUGCUGAUUAACGUGAAAGCGCUCACCUUGCUGCUGCUGCUCCAGAUACCCGCAAUAUCUGCGGUCAGUUGGGAGGAAUGGUGGACGUACGAUGGCAUUUCGGGUCCGGCCUUCUGGGGACUUAUCAACCCGGAAUGGUCACUCUGCAACAAAGGACGCCGACAGUCUCCGGUCAACCUGGAACCUCAGCGAUUACUGUUCGAUCCAAAUCUACGCAUUCUACACAUAGACAAGCAUCGGAUAAGCGGCACGAUCGCCAACACAGGACACAGCGUUAUCUUCACCGCAGACAACGAGACGUCGUCGGCGUACGGUACGCCACAAAUACCGGUGAACCUGACCGGUGGUCCACUCUCGUAUCGAUAUCGCUUUCACGAGAUACACGUACACUACGGACUGCAUGAUCAGUUCGGUUCGGAGCAUAGCGUAGAAGGCUACACGUUCCCGGCCGAGAUCCAAAUCUUCGGCUACAACUCCCAACUGUACGCUAACUUUAGUGACGCACUCUACCGUGCGCAAGGUAUCGUGGGCGUCGCGAUACUGCUGCAGCUCGGUGACCUCUCCAAUCCCGAGCUACGCAUGCUAACGGAUCAGCUCGAAAGGAUCCGGUACGGUGGCGAUGAGGCACCGGUACGUAGAAUAUCUGUGCGCGAUCUGCUACCCGACACGGAACACUACAUGACGUACGAGGGUUCAACAACGGCACCCGCCUGCUACGAAACCGUCACCUGGAUCGUCAUGAACAAACCCAUCUACAUCACCAAACAACAGCUGCACGCACUGCGAAGGCUAAUGCAGGGUGGUCCAGACCAUCCGAAGGCACCGUUAGGUAACAACUUCCGGCCGCCGCAGCCCCUACUUCAUCGUCCCGUGCGGACGAACAUUGACUUUCGAAACAAACAGGAAAAGGGGGGAAAAAUAUGUGCAACUAUGUACAAGGACGUUCACUAUAAAGCUAAUAGCUGGAAACACAACUGAACGGAGGAAGCGCAACCAGGAGCAUUCGGAACACGAGCCGGACGAGCUCGAUGAUAAUAGCUUAAUCGUGUUCGAACCGUGAAACUGAACCAUGCAAGGUGCAGCAAUGUGGCAGGUUCCCAGGUGCUGCUGACGCUGCUGUUGUGAUUGAUUCCAUGUCCCCUGCUGCUGCUGCUGCUACUGCUGCUGCUAUUGCUGCUACUACUGCUGUAACAGACACCUUUGGAACGGCUGUGCCCUGCAUGAGCGCGUAUGUGUGUGUGCGUGUGCGUGUGAGUGUGUGUUUAUAUAUGGAUGUGUAUACGGAAUCCGGCCGGCGAGAAGGCAAACAAAAUAUCAUUAGAUAACACUAAUUAAGAGGUUAAAGCUUAUAGGCGACUGUAUCGUGAGGACAGCGCGUACCAGGUGUGUACUGAGUAUGAGUAAGUACACUGUAACCAUAACUAGAUAUCCAUUGGUUUAGCUUUAGUUUUGGGCGGGCGGAAUAGUUUAUCGAGGCGAAUGAGCUGUUACGUGUGUGUGUGCAUUCCCCUCCCCACUGUCAAUAUGACACUGACAGGUGGAAAUAAGUAAUCGAAUGCGUAGGAUGUCUAGGAAGGAGUCUAGUGCACUUGUUUGGUAGACACACGACGAGGCGUCCAGCACAGACGUAAAAGAACCCAUCCCGGCCUCACUCACCUCGGCACUGUUCCUAAUCACUCUCGCCCAGCUAUUCGUUCAGAGGCCCUAUCAGUCUACUUUACAACAGUUUUGAAAUUCCUUCAUUCCUUCCGGCACCCAAUAUUGAGGCCGAAGGCUCCAAAGUUCCAAGGUUCCAAGGAUGGUGAUGGUUUUCAACACGCUGAGUGACGUUUCGUUCGCCGUUUCCCGCUGUACACAUCACCUUUUUUUCUUUCCCCCGACUGAAAUUAAUGUUUUAUUGUCUGCUGUCCGGAAGUUCGGACGUACAAGUGGUAACGUUAACGUCGGUACUCUCUAAUGGGCAAUUCAUCGCGAAAGUCAUCCCAUUUUGUGGAACCCUGGUGAACAAGUUCAUCAGCGUCGUUUCGCGAUCCCGCUCGCCGUUUUGAUGCGCGUGGUGUUGCACCGGCAGUAGUAAACGUUUGCAAAACCAUCGCGUACACCACACUGUGGUGCAUCAUUACCAGUGCCAAAAGCCAAAUCACCACCACCACCACUGAGCACACACACACACAAACCGCUGACGUGCGGGGAAAGUCUAUUUCUUGGUGCGCUUUGUGUGCGAUGUUGAAUCACUCAAACGGUAAGUGAAUCGUUUUUGGCAGUAGUCGUUCACCGGUUGGAUGCAACUGGUUAGCAUUGGUGGAACGGUGUGUUGUGUUGAACAUCCAACACCACCACCACCGUACCGCUCGCGUUCGCAAGCGCCAGAAUUCCGGACACGUUGUCCGGAGAACGCCUUCGGAAAUGUACGAUAAACUAGAACUGAUAACAAAACUAACGGACGUUACGGUGUCGUGUGCAAGUGGAUGGAAGAACGCCACACAUACAGAUACACCCGCAAAGGGGAAGGACGGGCUCUAGUUGCUGCUCAGCAAAAGAUGCACACGGGCACACACACACCUUUCUCCACAGGACGACGUCCACUGGACGUUCGGGGUGGACGACGCGUCAACUAGCGAGUAGGUCAUCCACGUGACAAACAUUCGGGCAGGAAGUGGACUACCCGACGAACAGUGAAACGAAACCAAAGUGAACACAAACUACAUUACCCUCACUCUCUCUCUCUCUAUCACUCUCUCCCUCUUCUUCCUUCCACUACCAGACCUACACACCAGACAUACUAGUAACCGUGGCGGAACAACAACAACAUGGCCGCAAUGAAAAGUGGACGCCCCGGAGAACUGAAACUCUAUUAAAAGUUUCGAAUAAUUUGUAAAUAAUAUUAAUACAAGCUUCACCAGGUUGAGUUGAAGAAGGGAAACCCGAAGAACAGAGGAAAGGCGCUACUGAUAGCCACCUAGUAGCGGUGUGUGUGUGUGGGUUCGUUUUUUUUUUGUAUAACUCUUUCCACUUGCACGUUUUAUGCCAUUCUACCACUGUUGCGGCUACUGCUGCUACGGCUCCCUUCUGCACGUACAUCCUUGCAGGUGUAUCGGUAUAUACGAGGCAACAGGCGACAUGCAAGGUGCCGCGUUUCUAGCUACUCGCUACUAAAUUUUAAAGCUGCCAAGAGUUGACUAUAAACAUUAAAAAUAAAUUAAAAUCGGAAGAGGAAUAAUGGCGGAGGACUAGCUAAGGGAGGGCGCAAUAUUGCCCACGGUGGUAGAAUACCGAGUGUUGCAAGACGCGCUGUGCGGAGAAAGCGGAGACCGACAAGAUGGUUUAAUAAAUUGUGUAAGCGGAAAAACUAGCAACAAAUAGACGAACCGCUUUCUGGAGAUGGAGGUCUGCUGUAACGCUGUACCUGUAGCAGUUGCCUCCGAAACCUCCUAUCCAGGAGGAAUUUCUUGGCGAGCAGUAGCUGGGGAGGGUUAUAUAUUUAUACUCCUUUUUUUUUUCGUUGUUGUUGCCACUCUCACACUAUUUGUAUUUGAGUCGCACACAACAUCGUUAGCGAAACUCUGGCACCAGCAACACCUUCGCCCUGUGCACGCCCAUAGGUACGGGAAGGUGUGCCACGCGAGAUGCAUGUUUAAAGUAAUAUUCUUUUUUGGCAUCGUGCGGAUACUAGGAAACGUCUGGCGGUGGAGUGCAUGUGCCGGGAAGGAGGGGGUUCGGUAGAAACUUGUUACACCCAAAGUUCAUCCAUCUUUGGUUUUUUUUUUUUUGUUGUGGCUGCUGGGAUGGAGAAGGCUUGCUCCUGAUUGUUGGAAUGAUGUGUUUUUAUUUACUCUCUUUUCGGUCCCCUUUUUGGUCCCAAGUCGGUCCGAGUGGUGUGACGAUUCUUUGAAAUGAACUACCAGAAAUAAAAACGAGGUAAAGGAUCUACGGAAUAUGAUUAUGAUGCUUUUUGCCAUAGUGUGAUGCUGCUAAACUGCCGCCAGGAGUCUCUCGCGAGGGUGCUUCUUCUUUUGAUUAAUUGUACUACCGACUGACGCCUAAAGUUAUGGCAGCCCGUCAUCAUCAUCGUUACGCUAGACAGGCAUACGGGGAAUAUGCGUACGAGAUUUCGCUCCUGAAGGUAGGUAAUGUAGUCUCGGUAAGCGGAGGGUCCCUGUGUCUGUGAUUCCUGCUAAGCCUUUUUUUUCCUGCCUAACCUUCGAACCCGAAAAUAAAGUUAUGGCAGGUACACCCGAAGAGUGAUAAUUGACUCACUCAAAAUAACUUCAACUCCAGCAUUUUUUGUUUUUGAUUUUCUGUUUUGCAAAUGGCUUUCAUUUUAAACUCACACAUACUCAUACACAAAAGGCGAGACUAUCUCUAGGGAAGUAUAGUACGAUCGAAGAAUGAAAUCCGGUGGCAGACAACGACCCAAUCCCAACCCAUCCAAUUCUUCCCGCCACACGCUGGACCCAUUAAUCAUGACCCCAUGACACGUUUGCUUUCGGUCGUACCGGUGUGCUGCAACACCUUUGCCCGGUAAGGCGCACAGCGCUGCAACGGUACUGCACACUAGCAACGUAAGCUGUGUAAACAGAGUUAAUGAAUUUCAAUCAGACCGGGAGGUUUCGUUCAUUCACGAAUUGUUUCAGCACGGUUCACUCAGGUACUUGCCCGUUACAAUAGCUCUCGUAACCCCUUCCUGAGUAUUGCUUCACGUCUCGGCACCGCUCAGCAGGUUUAGUGUGGACACAGGUUUACCUUCUUCUUCUUCUUCUUCUUUACAUGGAUUUUAUUAUUCAUCCUCGUUCGGGUAGUUCGUUUGAAGCACAAGACUUACAAAAAACAAAAAUGGACGAUGAAAGGAAGUCAUCGUCAGUGGCAUCAAUCAACCAGUUCCAUCAGCUGUUCAGCGGUUGGAAAUACAAUCUACCGGCACAACUCAGUAUUGCUGCACCACACGCCUCAUGGAGAGCCCUACUCUACUCUUAGGGUAAAGUUAAGGUCAUCAUAUCUCAUCAAAACAAAACAAAACCGAUUAGCACCGUUAAAGUGAGGCUAUUCCACUCAUUGUACAACGGGAAGAAACACUUUUGUUGCUCGAGUUGCCUACCUUUAGGCGUUGUGCGUUUGUAAAUUAAUAUUUACGCCUAACGGUAUGCAAUCGGUGCUCUUCGUUAACUGGUUUUAUGUUUUUCAGCGUGUUUGAAGAAUGUACGCUUCAUUCGCGGUUUUGUGGUGUUGAAUUAAACCAAUAAAAAACUCAAAUCAAACGUCAAUCAUUAUAUGGCAGGCUUUAUCAUGCUUGCGUUCCGGGCACUCUCGCACUGAUUGCACACACACAUACGCACCCACUCAUACAUUCAUACACUCAUGCAUCAACAUCAGCCAGAUAGUGGAGCCAAGGAUGAACGUAAAUCUUAUGAAAAGAAUCCUGUAAUUGAGUGAUGUGUAAAAUAUAUAUAUAUAAACUAAAUGGCUACGCUAAUACUAUGGUCCUAGGCUUUGGACAUGACUUGAACAACAUUUCGAUCUAAUCGAGCAACUCAAUACGAAUGUUGCGUGCGUGUGCAUGUGUGAUUGUGUGCGUGCAUGGUUAUGUGUAUGCGUGCAAAUGAGUGUGAGUGUAUAUAUACAUAUAUACAUAUAGAAUCGUCAUAUCUCUGUGCGGAAUGCGUGCGGUGACCAAUAUGUAAGGGAACUAGACUAGAAAGUACAAUAAAACUGGAGCUAACUGUAAACAAAAGCAAGGACGCGAAAGAUAAACUCGAGACUAACUCCGUGUCGAUCCAAGUUGUAACGCGGUGUGCCGGCGCGAAUCAUAUUCCAUUACCUGGUACUACUACCACUACUACCACUACUAUUACUACUACUACUGCUACAACUUAUAUAUGGCGACGUUGAUGCAGUUCCGGCAAAGCAACUUACUGGCUACACUCUUACGCUUAGCAAACUGGUACACACUGACCAUGCCUCCACAAUCACGUUUCCGUUUUUUUUUUUUUUUAUAUUGUUUUGCUGUGUAUGUGAACGCAAACAAAAAUAAAAUGGCGCGAUUGACAGUAGGAUAGUUGUGGAUAUGCUUAUAUGCGCACGGUAAGCGUGUGAUAUAAACAUAAACAUAUGCACCGGACAUAUCUGCGUACAGGAAGAAAAAAAACUAAAGGGUCGGUUAGGAAGCGGCUAGGGAAAAUGGCAUAUUUUAAGCUAACAGCUAGCACAUCAGUUCAUCCGUACGAAAUGGCGCCACUUUGUUAAAACCACAGGUAUGGGCUAAUACGCAUUAAUCCCACGCGGCAGUCAAGGAUUGCAGGGGUUGCCCGGGAUGGCGGGAUGAAACGGUAAUCGAAAUGAGUGAGCUAUUUUUACGAACUGGUGAGCUAUUAUUUUCGGGUGACGCUCGGGGUGUCGUCGGGGGCAAACAUGGAUGCAGGGAGCAAUGAUAAUCCCUUUUCGGUUAUUAUGAGUGAAACAUAUCCCGGACAAACACGUUUGGAACUAGUUGGAAUAGUUGCUGUCAAUUUUCACCCACUGCUUAUGUGCGUGUGCGUGCGAGUUGGGGAAAAAAUUGAUUGAGAUUAUGUAAUGGUUAAAAAUUGCAACGCCUUGCUGUGUUUAGGGAUAUCAACAAUUACUCGAACAUGCAGUACACGACCCUGCAUCUAACUAAUCUCAUGCAUCUAGUGAGGAGAAGCGUAAGGAGAAUUAUACGAAAAAAAAUGGCUGCAAAAAGCAACCAAACUCAUUAACUUAUCCGUUGUAUUUGCGUUGGGUUGCGAAAACGGGAAUGAUGUAGUGCUUCUUGUUGGUGAGCUGCUACUGCAUGGGUUCGGAACGCAGAAGGAGCUUAACAAGAAAUUGUUGCGUUUUUUGUGCAUUGCACACUGUUGGGCGCUUUGUUAUUCGAUGUUGAGUACGUGCAAUCUGUGUGGUGAAAUUUCUGUUCAAGAGUUUCUAAAGAGAUUGUUCACUUUUGAUGGUUUUGUGAGUGCGCCUGAAAGUAUGCAAACACGAAGAUAAAGUUUCGUUUUAAGAUUAAAUUGAGAGUUGACUUUAAAUAAUUAUUUACUGAAUUUUUAUGUUGCUUGUGUGUUUAUGUGUGUUUAUGUUUAUGUUGUUAUCAAAUCUUUCAAAAAGUUUACGUUCAGGCGCACUAGGGAACUACUUAAGCUGUUUAGCAUGUUGCAGGGUUACCAAUGUGAAGUGUUGCAUCGAUCCAUCCCGUAAGAAAAGAAAUGAAAAUCACAAUCAAAUCACGAUAUCAAGUUACAUACCCAUUCCAUCAAGGCAAUGGAACUGUUUGGCUUGUAUGUUGCUUUUUGUUAUGUUUUUUUUUUUUUGAGGUUCCAUCUGCAAGGAUGGAACAAUUGUUAAUAGAAAAAAUCUUAAAAACAAACGCAAAGCUAAAAUAGAUAAUAACAAUUAUUCAAGAUGCCGCUUAGAACAACAACAAAAGCACAAAAACCAAAACGAAUAUAACAAAAAAAUAAAUCAGGAAAACAUCAGCAAAGAAAUGACCAAACUGAUUAGUGGGUGGCAUGUUUUGAUGGCUCGAAGCGUGCUCUCGACCACAAGUAUACACUCUGAUCAAACACAUCCACAUUGAUGAGCUCUUUCUGGCAGUCAGAUAACGUUGGAAAACAGAAUCAACAGGAUGAUGCAUGAAAUAAACAAUUAUAAAGCAUAAUACGCAUAAUGGAGUUAGCUCAAAAUGGACGAAGCGUCACCACUACCGCAAAACAAAAGAUAAAUAAAACAAACAAACUCUAAACUAACGUGUCAAUGGGAUAGGCAGAAAAACACUUACAAAAAAAUUAAAAAACAUCCAGACUCCCACUAUCCAGUAUUUAUAUCGAAGCGGAACAGCAGAGCAGAACAGAUAAACAAAAACCAAAAGCGUAAAACAAGUUGUUGUACACUUAUUUGAAAGCGAAACGAUAAUAUGGAGGAAAACUGUGGCCGGCAGCAGGUAGUUUGAACAAACAAAAUAAAAUACAAAAACCUGGAAGAAAGAAAUCAUUAGAGGAAUCUCGUGUGUCUCGUUGCUUGAUCGUCUGAGAGGUUGCGCCUCAUUCAGCCAACCAAGAAAAAAAUCACAAAGAAAAACAAAAAAGAAAACUAAACGAAAUAAAAAAAAUACACACAAUACGGCUGACAGGGAAAGCGCUACGAGACAGGCACACAAGAACAAAAAUGGAGCGAAAAAAAUAUAUAUGCUGGUAGGAAAACCCUACCCCUGGCAGCAGAAAGAUUUCUUCCAGUGUGACCGUUCAAGUGAGUGCUUUGCCACAUCAAGUUAAAGAAUAACAAACCAACAAACAAAAAACAGUAUGUAAAAUCAAAUAAAAAAAACUACCAAAAAGACAACCAACAAAAAAAAGAAAA